GGGCCGCGGCCGCGCGUCCUCCUCUCCUCUCCUCCUCCUCCUCCUCUUCUCCUCCUCCUCCUGCUGCUGCCCCUGCUCCUCCUCCUCCUGCCCCUCCUGCUCCGCUCGGCCGGGCAAGAAGGUGAUGAUGGCUUUGGGGACGCUCUUGAGGAAGCCGCCGCUGCCGCCGGGCAGUUGUAGAGCCUUCUGGGGAUGGCUGAAUGCCGUGUUCAACAAGGUGGACCACGAGCGCAUCCGAGCCGUGGGCCCCGACCGGGCGGCCUCGGAGUGGCUGCUGCGCUGCGGGGCCCUGGUCAGGUACCAGGGCUCGCCCAAGUGGCAGCAGGACUACAAUGGGCUUCCCACGGGGCCCCUGGGCAAGUACAAGAUCGAAGCCAUCGACGCCACCGACUCCUGCAUCAUGUACAGGGGAUUUGACUAUCUGGAUGGCCUGGAGCACGUUACGGAUAUCAAGCUGGAGAAGUGCAUGUACAUCCAGGACGAGUGUCUGCAGAGGCUCAGCGAGACCAACAACCUCCAGAAGAGCCUGCAGCAGCUGAAGAUCAUUUCCUGUGGGAAUGUCACAGACAAAGGCGUCCUUGCACUCCACAAGCUGACGAACCUGGAAUAUUUGUAUUUGAGUGACCUUCCUGGGAUCAGAGAGAAAGAAACGACCUUCCGUGUCCUUCAGCAGGCGCUGCCCAACCUGGAGCUGGAGCUGGAUUUGGAAUAAACACAGCAGCACGUAACUGAGAUGUAUGUGAUUUCCUAGGAUUCAUCUUACGUUGCAUAAAUGAAGUUGUAGACACCACUGUAUUUCCAGUAAGCCCAGCUCUCCCAGUCCAGCCUCAAAGGUGUAUGUGACCUUUUAAGAAAUCAUGCAAUUAAUUUUUAUUAAGCUUAAACUCAGUGGUGGAUCAACAACAGACAGGGCAGGCCUCUGCACACAGGCAUCUGUUUCCUGUUUUUCUAGGAAGCUCUGAACUCCUCAGUUAGAAGUUUUCGGUAUUUUAUUGCACAGAAGCAAAGUGCAGAGUGGCAGUGGGGGGAACGUCGGGGUGUGUGGUGUUGGUGCUGUUCCCUCUGGGAGAAUCACGCCCAGUGGGUGGGUGCUGAUUUAAUAAAAGAGGUUCUGGGUCUUUUUUGUGUUCUUCA